AUGUCAAGUAUUGGUAUUGAUUUAGGUACUACUUAUUCAUGUGUUGGUGUCUGGCAAAAUGAUCGUGUUGAAAUCAUUGCCAACGACCAAGGUAACAGAACCACCCCAUCAUACGUCGCUUUCACUGAAACCGAACGUUUAAUUGGUGAUGCUGCUAAAAACCAAGUUGCCAUGAAUCCAUCAAACACUGUUUUCGAUGCCAAACGUUUAAUUGGUCGUAAAUUCUCAGACAAAGAAGUCCAAUCAGAUAUGAAACAUUUUUCAUUCAAAGUUGUUCCAAAGGAAGGUGACAAACCAUACAUCCAAAUUGAAUUCAAAGGUGAAACCAAAACUUUCUCACCAGAAGAAAUCUCCUCAAUGGUUUUAUUAAAGAUGAAAGAAACCGCUGAAGCUUACCUCGGUAAAACCGUCAACAACGCCGUUAUUACUGUCCCAGCUUAUUUCAAUGAUUCACAACGUCAAGCCACUAAAGAUGCCGGUGCCAUUUCAAAAUUAAACGUCCAACGUAUUAUCAAUGAACCAACUGCCGCCGCUAUUGCCUACGGUCUUGAAAAGAAAGGUGCUGGUGAAAAGAACAUCUUAAUUUUCGAUCUUGGUGGUGGUACAUUCGAUGUUUCAUUACUUACCAUUGAAGAUGGUGUCUUUGAAGUCAAAGCUACUGCUGGUGAUACCCAUUUAGGUGGUGAAGAUUUUGAUAAUCGUAUGGUCAACCAUUUCGCUGAUGAAUUCAAACGUAAACACAAGAAAGAUAUCAUGGGUAACCAACGUGCUGUCCGUCGUUUAAGAACCGCUUGUGAACGUGCCAAGAGAACCCUCUCCUCAUCAACCCAAGCUUCAAUUGAAAUUGAUUCAUUAUAUGAAGGUAUCGAUUUCUACACCUCAAUGACCAGAGCUCGUUUCGAAGAACUCUGCUCAGAUCUCUUCCGUGGUUGUAUCGACCCAGUCGAAAAAGUCCUCAAAGACUCCAAAUUAGAUAAGAAAUCAAUCCACGAAAUCGUCUUAGUUGGUGGUUCAACUCGUAUUCCAAAAGUUCAACAAUUAUUACAAGACUUCUUCAACGGUAAAGAACUCAACAAAUCCAUCAAUCCAGAUGAAGCUGUUGCUUACGGUGCUGCCGUCCAAGCUGCCAUUCUUUCAAACGAAGGUGGUGCUAAAGUUGCUGAUCUCUUACUUUUAGAUGUUGCUCCAUUAUCAUUAGGUUUAGAAACUGCUGGUGGUGUUAUGACUACUUUAAUUCCACGUAAUACUACUAUUCCAUGCAAAAAGAACCAAACUUUCUCAACCUACGCUGAUAACCAACCAGGUGUUCUCAUCCAAGUCUUUGAAGGUGAACGUGCUAUGACCAAAGAUAACAAUUUAUUAGGUAAAUUCGAAUUAUCAGGUAUUCCACCAGCCCCAAGAGGUGUUCCACAAAUUGAAGUUACUUUCGAUAUUGAUGCCAACGGUAUCUUAAACGUCUCUGCUGAAGAUAAAUCAACUGGUAAGAAACAAAAGAUUACCAUUACCAACGACAAAGGUAGACUUUCAAAAGAACAAAUCGAAAAGAUGGUUGCUGAUGCUGAAAAAUACAAAGCUGAAGAUGAAGCCCAAAAAGACCGUGUUGAAGCUAAGAACAAAUUAGAAAACUAUGCCUUCACUGUUAAAAACAGCGCCAACGACGAAAAAGUUGCUGCCAAAUUAUCAGACGACGACAAGAACACCCUUAACACUGAAUGUGAAUCAGCCCUCAAAUGGUUAGAAUCAAACCAAACUGCUGAAAAAGACGAAUAUGAAGCUAAAAUGAAAGCCUUAGAACAAAUUGUCAACCCAAUCAUGACCAAAUUAUACCAAGAAGGUGGUAUGCCAGCCGGCGCUGGUAUGCCAGGUGGUAUGGACGAAGAAACCCCAUCCAAACCAAGCGGUACCGUUGAUGAAUUAGAUUAAAAUGUUUCCUUUCCUCAUUAAAUAAUAAUAAUAAAAUAUAUAAUUUUUUUUAGUUAAAAU